AUCGAUUACCUUCUCCAUCUCCGGUAACAAUCAUCUCCACCGUCUCCAAGCCCUAAAACAAUUCCCCAGUGUCUCACUCUCAAUCUCAAAAUCCUAAUUAGGGUUUGUCACUGAAACCGCCACCAGAUUUGGCUCAAUCGUAACAUGUGAUUGCUGUUACAAACCACGAACAAAAAAAUGGUUGAUAACAGUAACAAUAAGAAGAGGAAAGAGUUCAUCAGUGAAGCAGACAUCGCCACUCUUUUGCAGAGAUAUGAUACUAUAACGAUAUUGAAGUUGCUACAAGAAAUGGCGUAUUAUGCUGAUACAAAGAUGGAUUGGAAUGAGUUAGUGAAGAAGACAAGUACUGGAAUUACUAAUGCUAGAGAGUAUCAGUUGUUAUGGCGGCAUCUUGCUUAUAGAGAUUCUCUAGUCCCUGUGGAUAAUAAUGCUCGAGUUCUGGAUGAUGAUAGUGAUAUGGAGUGUGAAUUGGAAGCUUCCCCUGCAGUCGGUGUUGAUGUAGUAACGGAAGCUGUUGCGCAUGUGAAAGUGAUGGCUGCUUCCUAUGUGCCAAGUGAGUCCGAUAUUCCCGAAGACUCAAUGGUUGAGGCUCCCUUGACCAUUAACAUACCUUACGGCCUGCAUAGGGGGGCUCAGGAACCAUCAGACUCGUAUUGGUCAUCAAGAGGGAUGAAUAUCACCUUCCCUGUUUUUCUACCGAAAGCAGCUGAAGGACAUAAUGGAAAUGGGUUAGCCAGUAGCUUGGCUCCUCGGAAGAGAAGAAAAAAAUGGUCAGCUGAAGAGGAUGAGGAGCUGAUUGCUGCUGUGAAGCAACAUGGUGAAGGCAGCUGGGCCCUUAUCUCUAAGGAAGCAUUUGAAGGAGAGCGAACAACCUCACAACUCUCACAGCGGUGGGGGGCUAUAAGGAGAAGGACUGAUACUUCAAACACUUCUACCCAAACUGGCCUACAGCGAACAGAAGCACAAAUGGCUAAUCGUGCAGUAUCUUUAGCGGUGGGAAAUCGGCUUCCCUCAAAAAAACUUGCAGUAGGUAUAACUCCAAUGCUUUCAUCCGGUACCAUCAAGGGGGCACAAGCCAAUGGUGCCAACAGUGGUAGUACAUUGCAACGUCAACAACUGUCUCAGCCACAAAUUCAAGCAUUGCCACGGGCAACAACAUCAGCGUCAGGUGCAAAAUCUCGAGUUCCUGCAAAGAAAACAACAGGGAAUUCCACUACGAAAGCGGAACUAAUGGUAACAGCUAAUUCAGUAGCUGCUGCAGCCUCCUCUUUGCCUCGUCCAUCAGGGAUUAUAUCAGCACCAAAGGCUGCGCCUGUAAAAACUGCCGCUUCUGCAGCCUCUUUGCCUCGUCCAUCAGGUAGUAUAUCAGCACCAAAGGCUGAGCUUGUAAAAACCGCCGCUUCUGCAGCUCCUUCACCUCGUCCAUCAGCCUCUUUGCCUCGUCCAUCAAGUGUUCUUUCAGCACCAAAGGCUGACCCAGUAAAGAGUGUUCCGGCUGCUGCCACUAACACUAAAGCGGUUGGACCUUUGAAUUUAAGGCAUGCAGUUAAUGGAAGCCCAAACCACACAAUAUCUUCAUCACCAUUUAAUAAGCCUUCACUUAUGGCUCCUCUCUCCAAAGGAUCUACAAUCCCGAAUAAUUCAGUUCCUCCUAGUUUUGCAUCGUCAAGGUUGGUUCCCACACAGAGAGUUCCUGCAGCUACUGUUAUGCCACAAAAGCCAAGUGUGGUAGCCGCAGCUACUGUUAUAACGCCACAAAAGCCAAGUAUAGGAGCAGCAGUUACCGCCUCUUCCAAGCCGGUUGGUGUACAAAAGGAGCAAACUCAGGGAAACAGAGCAAGCCCCUUGGUUACAACAAUACUUCCGCCAAAUAAAACCAUCCCAGCAAAUUCAGUGGUUAGCACAGCAAAAGUGGUGGGUGCUAAAGUGGAGACUCCUCCUAGUCUUAUACCUAAGAAAAAUCAAGUAGUUGGAAGUUGCACAGAUAAUAAAAGUUCGUUGGAUAAACCACCGGUGAAAGAAAGUAGUACCACGGUGUCACCUCUAGCUGUAGCUGCAACUGAAUCAAAACCCAAAGAUGAAAAGACCAUGACCGGGACUGGGCAGAAGGAGUUGUAGUUCUAGUUCAUUUACUGCAUUGUUUUUGAGCUUUCAUUAAUGUUUUUUUCUUAGGACUCGGGACAAUAAUAUGAUGAUGUACAGUAGGACCUCCAAAUAUAAGGUUCUUACUACU